UCGGUUGCUUUCAAACAUGGCCGUCAAGAAAUAGAAAUUAUAUCGAAGUUUCAAUUUUAUAAUGUUGUGAUUUUAAUAUAAGGAAUUUCGCCAAUAUUUUUAACUGCCAAUGUAUUUAUACGACAUUUUAGCUGAAUACAUAACUUUUAGUGCUCUGGAAUACUGAGUUUGGAUAAUAUAAACCCUGUUGUGCUGUUACGGAAGGAGAAAGUAUUUCACCACAUUCUGAUACUUUGUUGAACGAACGUGUGUUAUAAGAUACCGUAAUACGGCUAUUUUGUUUUCGGGGUACAGAUUUCCUGGAUUUUACCUUCAUACCUACCUCAGAGGAUGGCAGAUGAGCACGAAGUCAUUGGCAGUGCAUCCGAAUUUAUAAAGGAUCGACUGUAUUUUGCUACACUCCGAUCAAAACCAAGAUCUACUGCACACACACAUUAUUUUUGUGUCGACGAAGAAUUAAUUUAUGAAAAUUUUUAUGCAGAUUUUGGACCAUUAAACUUAGCCCAGUUAUACAGAUAUUGCUGUAAAUUAAAUAAAAAAUUAAAGUCUUUUUCUUUAGCCAAAAAGAAGAUAAUUCAUUAUACAAGUUUUGAUGCUAGAAAACGUGCUAAUGCAGCAUUCCUUAUUGGUGCAUAUGCUGUAAUUUAUUUAAAGAAAACCCCAGCGGAAGCUUAUAAACCUUUAGUAUCCGGGUCUAAUCCACCAUUCUUACCAUUCAGAGAUGCUUCCUUUGGUCCAUGUACAUAUAAUCUUACAUUACUAGAUUGUCUUCAAGCUAUUAGCAAGGCUUUAUCAAAUGGUUUCUUUGAUUUUGAAAAUUUUGAUGUAGAUGAAUAUGAACAUUACGAGCGAGUUGAAAAUGGAGAUCUUAACUGGAUUCUUCCAAAGAAGUUUCUUGCAUUCAGUGGUCCGCACCCAAAAACACGCCUCGACAGUGGUUAUCCACUACAUGCACCAGAAGCUUAUUUUCCGUAUUUUAGAAAGCAUAAUGUCACCCACAUCGUAAGAUUAAAUAAAAAGAUAUAUGAUGCCAGGAGAUUUACAGAUGCAGGUUUCGAUCAUACAGAUUUAUUCUUUAUUGAUGGUAGUGUACCCAGUGAUUCAAUUGUCCGACAGUUUUUAGAAUUAUCAGAAAAUUGUGAUGGGGGAAUUGCAGUUCACUGUAAAGCUGGGUUGGGAAGAACAGGAAGUUUAAUAUGUUGUUAUAUAAUGAAACAUUAUAAAAUGACAGCAGGUGAAUGUAUAGCAUGGAACAGAAUCUGUAGACCAGGAUCAGUUAUAGGACCACAGCAACAUUUUCUAGAAGAGAAGCAGGCUUGGCUUUGGAUGCAAGGUGAUCUAUAUAGAGCCAAACAGAAAGAAAGAGCAAGGGGAGAGAAACAAGGUUGUGUUUCGAAAAUAUUAUCAGGUGUUGAUGAUAUGCGAUUACAUGAUGGACAGGAAAAUGAUCGGUAUUACAGCAAUUAUGACAGUAUAUAUUCUGGUCCAAUCACUAGAAGUUCUAUUAUUGAAACCCAGGGAGAUAAACUAAACCAAAUUAAAAUGAUGAGAAAGCAUGUCCGCUCAGCAACUACUGGCACAGUUGGGGCUGAAGAUCCGAAAACCCACAAAAGAACCACAACACAACCAUUAAGAAUGUCUGGUUCAAAAAGUGCACAAGGGGUUUCUUCGCCCAUCAAAACAUCGAAAGCUUCCUCAUCAGUGCUAGCUCACAACCAGGCUAAUGCAAGUACAACAAAACGUAGUACACGCCUUUCACCAGGCUCAUCACCGAGCGCCAAAAGAAAACAUCAAUCAUAUAGUUUGAGGAAAAAUGUGAAUUCUAGCGUAUCAAGCAAGCUAGGUUAUGAUUACGGCUAUACAUCAAGUCGUUUAUCAGGAUCGUCUGAUAUCUAUAAUAGUAUAGGGGACUACACCUCCUGGCCUUAUAAGUAUCACUUACGAUCAAACUAUACAAUCGGUUCCUCUUACUCGUAGUUCCAAAACGGCCAUGAUACGAUGACACCACACUGAAGGAACAGAAGAAGGAUAGACCUAUUUUCUAUGUGGCCUUAUUGUCAAUGUUUUUUCUUAAUUAUUAUUAUUAGCUUUAAGACUUCAGCUUGUUAUUUUCUUCAACUUUGUUGUUCUCUGACAUUAAUUGGCAGCCCUAUUAUCAGAAGAAGCAUAAAGAACAAAUAGUGAAGCUAAAAGAUUAUAGUUUUAGAUUUUUAUUAUUAUAUUAACUAGAUUGUUACAUAAAUAUCUCUUUGUUUUACUCUCGAAUAUCUAUUUUAAUGCUGUUUUCUACACUUUGUUGAUAUUUUAGCUCCCCUCGGUUUUAUUAACUGUAUAAUAUUUAUUAUGAUUUUUAUAAUUCUAAAAGAUCGCUGGUCAAUUGGAGGAAACACGCCAGAGUUAUCUCCCUUUACUGUGCAGGGAAAUAAUGAUGAUUGAUUUGAAUUAUUAGUUGUUAAAUUUUGAAGGUAUGAAAUCAUGCAUUGUUAUAAAAAAGAUGGAGUAGGAAAGAAAACCAAUAAAUAAUACCGGUAUUAAAUAACUGAGUGUAUAGUUAUGAACACAGUAUAAUCCAAUAAUCAGUUAAUAACACUGUAUGAUUAUUACUUCAUAAUAUAUUGGAAUAUAUGUAUUUAGCUUUGUAAAAUAUAAAUAUUUAACCAUUACAAAGAACAGUAGUGCCCUGCCUUAAAGUUAUUGUACAAGCAUGCAGAAUGCAUUUGCACUCUUUUAUAUUUUUUCACUCGAUUUCAUAUGCAAUUGAUGAAUGUGAAUCUUUUUAUCAUAAGAAAAAUUGUGAAAAAUAUUCGAAACUCAUUGUAAAUAACCAUUUCUUAAUCUUAUGGUGAUUAUUAUAAAGUUAGUUUUCUGAUUUAAGCAGCUAAUAUUUUAUAUAAAAAAUCAUGAAGAACAUCAAUUUUAGUCAUAAUGAAAAAAUCAUUCAUAAUUAAAAAGAGGAAAAUCUCCAUGUCUUUUUGUUUUCAAAAUGAAUGCAAGCUCCUAAUUUCGAUUUUUAGAGGAGCUGGGGCGGACCUCCCUUUAUAUGAAUUACAUCUGUAACCGCUGAAAAUGACAUAAAUAAAAACCUAUAUGUUAAACUAGUACAUAUAAAGAAUAAUAUUGGUAAAAAUUUAUGAUGUAUAUUAGGAAUGUUAAAUAUCCAUGAAUCCCCUACUCAGCCCUGCUAGAUUUCGUAGUAUAAAAAAUACUGAGAUAAGCAAAGUUUGUUAAAGUUUUAGCUAAGGACUUGAAUCCGUGUGUAACCAGAAAUUCACUUAUUAGUAGUAAAAACAGCGGUUUACAUGUAUAUUUUUCUAAUAUUUAAUUUGUAAGCAAUUGCUACUCCUAUAAUGUCUGUUUUGUCUUGUUGUAAUGUAGACUUGUUUUAAUUAUUCAAUGAAUAUUGGAAAAAUUUUUUUUUUUAGAAAUCUUUAAAGUUAAAACAUAAUAAAAUGUUAAUUUAUUUACUAGCUACUCAUUUUACUUGAUUCUCUCUAUGUGAGAGUUUUUAUUCUUUUGUUUUGGGCAAUACAACUACUAAUAGAACCUGGGAGUGUUGAAUCCAUAAUUUAUCAAAUGUGAUGGGGAUUCAUACAUUUUUUAGAAUUAUUUAAAUUAACAUUAAUGAGGGUGUGUAGCCUGUCACAAAAUUGCCGCCAAAACA